AUGAUGACUAAAUUUUCAAUAUUAUUAUUGUUAUUAUAUUUUGUACUAUCGAUUCUGUUUUUCAAUGAAGUCCAAUGGUUGAGAAUUAAUGAAGAUGAUUUACCAUUCACUUGUGUUCAAUACGAUAAGCUGGCUUGGUCUAUAAAAGCUCGUACGAUAGACCAAAUAGUGGAAUAUAUAGAUUUUUUAUUCAAUAUGAAAGUGACACUUGCUGUGGCAUUAACUCUUCUCCUGGCGGUAACCGUUACCCAGGCCACCGACUACUGUUCGUGGGACAUUUGCAAUGGUGGCAAUCACAUUGCUUGUGGUCAUAGCAAUUGGUGGGAUAGCAACUGUCCCGGUGAUGCCGAAUUGAUUGACAUCAAUGAUGACUACAAAUGGGUAUUUGUUCAUUCGCAUAAUGACAAGCGCAACUAUAUUGCCGGAGGUUAUGAUUCCAAUCAUAAUGCCGCCUGCCGCAUGGCCACCAUGGAAUGGGACGAUGAAUUGGCCUAUUUGGCUUCCCUGAAUGUCCGUCAAUGCAAUAUGAUUCACGAUAGCUGCCACAAUACCGAUGCCUUCAAAUACUCUGGCCAAAAUCUCGCCUGGCAGGCCUAUUCUGGUGAUCUGCCCGAUAUGGGUUACAUUUUGGACAACAGUGUCCAAAUGUGGUUCGAUGAGGUUCAAAAUUCCAACAGUGGCAUCAUUGAAGGUGGCUAUCCAUCAGGCUACAGUGGACCUGCCAUUGGUCACUUCACUGUCAUGAUGUCCGAGAGGAAUACUCGUCUGGGCUGUGCUGCUGCCAAAUAUAAUCGCGAUGGCUGGAAUCAGGUUUUGGUUGCCUGCAACUAUGCCACCACCAACAUGAUCGGUCGUCAAAUUUACUCCACCUGCGAUUGGGGUGCACAGGGCUGCAGCUCGGGCAGCAAUGGUGAAUUUGGUAAUCUCUGCUCCAACAAUGAGUGGUACGAUGUCAACAGCUGGUAAACAGCUGAAAAGUAACCAAUAAAACAAAAACAAAACUAGAGCACACUCAA